AUUGUUUCUGUCUCUCUCUACCCUUUUUAAAUAACUUACUUCCAAGGUUAGAAACGCUAGGGAAUUUGUAGGACUAAUUCACGGUUACUGUUCACGGGGGACGGCUUUUCUUUGACUAAUAAAAACUCUAAACAUUCACUAUAUAUAAUAACCCACUCUCCCACCUUUGCUUCCUCCAUCAGCCUCUCACUCUCCUCCUCUCUUUCUCCCUCUUCUUCUCCUUUAGUAGUUUACUUGCUUCUUUUCUUUUCUCUCACCUCUGCUUCUUUCUAGAACUACACAUCAAGCUCCAUUCACCUUCUUCAAGGUGGGUGGUAGUUGGAAGGACAGAACAUGGAAGCACCUCCAGAGGAAGUCUUGGGGUCCAACGACCUGACGCAUAUCGUCAAGGGCAAGCGCACCAAGCGUCAAAGGCCACCAUCCCCUCUUGCCUUCACCAUGAACAACACUACAAGCUCAUCAAGUGCAGGAGGAGGAUCAGGUAUUGGAGGUGGAGGAAUAGGGGAAGAUGACUAUAAUUACAUCCCUUCCCCAACCACGAGCUCAACGGAAUUAUUCGCUGGUGAGGAGAGUACAGAGCAAGAAGAGGACAUGGCGAAUUGCCUAAUUCUGCUGGCCCAGGGUCAUGGCCGUGAAAAUCUGAAAAGAAUUGAAGAGAGGGGUAGCGGCGCCGGCGGUGGUGGUGCCAUGGAGAGAUCCAGUAGCCGAAGAUUUACCGAGGCGGCUACAACCACAACUGGUAAGGCAGGAUUCUAUGUAUACGAAUGCAAGACUUGCAACCGUUGCUUCCCUUCGUUCCAGGCUCUUGGAGGACAUAGAGCGAGUCACAAGAAGCCCAAGGCCAUGGUUGGGGUUGGUGAGAAAGAAAAUAAUAAGAAAGCUUCGGCAUCAGUACUAAUGGCCUUGUCUCCUGAUGAAGAUGAAGCCCAAUUCAGUAUCAAUAGCCCUCGUCCCUUCCCUCUUCAGCAAAUGACCAGCAGAGCUAUGUACAGUAACAAUACUAAUAACAAAUCAAAGGUCCAUGAGUGUUCAAUAUGCGGCUCUGAAUUUUCAUCCGGACAAGCAUUGGGAGGUCACAUGAGACGGCAUAGAAGCGCUGCUGCAACAACCACAACUAAUAAUUCAGGUACCACGAUGAUGACAACGGUGACGCGAGCUUCCUUUGAGUUACCGGAAGAAGAAGAAACCCAUAAGCCAAGAAACGUGUUGCAGUUGGAUCUCAACCUUCCGGCACCAUCUGAUGAGGACCUCCACCACCACCACCACCGUGAAUCCAAGUUCUCCUUUGCUUCCAAACAACAACAACCACCAGCUCCUCCUCCUCUUGUGUUCUCCGCCUCUCCUUUAGUAGAUUGCCAUUACUAGACGGUCCCAAGGAGAGGUGGAACUGAAAAUUGAGGGACCUCUCUCCUCACAUUGAUCCGGGAACCGGAUUAUCACUGUGAAUUACAAUUACCAAGAUCUUUUUUCACAUUUUUUUUCAAUUAAUUUAUUUUAUGAUUCCAGAUAUUCAUCAUUUGGUUCUUUUAUUAUAAUUCAUAUUACUUAUGAUAUCGAUUCUUUGAAUUAA